ACCAAGGCAUUCUCAUGCUCGAUCACAUUGUCAAGUGUCCUUGCCAUGAAGAAGUCAGCAUCGUCGCCCAAGGAGAGGAAGAGGAAGGAGGCGGAGGGUUCUGGUGGAAUGGACGAUGCUGAGACGCCGACCAAGAAGAAGAAGUCCAGCAAGAGUUUGGAUUCCGGUGGUUCCUCCUCUUCAUCUCCUCCGGCGACAGCUUUGGCUUCUGAUGGCGCUUUCUGUAGCUUUCCCAUGAGCCGCGUGUGGCGCCUUGUCCGCGGUGAGUGCGGUGUUGCUGCUGCUGCAGAAAUUCGCACUACUGCCGAUGCCGUAUUUAUAAUCAACAAAGCGUCUGAGAUGUUCUUGAAACGGCUAACGGAGGAUGCUUAUACAUUUGCUAAGUCGGAAAACAAAAAAUAUAUCUCUUACAGCCACCUUUCAUCUACAGUUAACCAAGCGAAAAGAUACGAGUUCCUUUCAGAUUUCGCUCCUGAGAAGAUAAGAGCUGAAGACGCCUUGAAGUCAAGGUCUUUGAUUGAAGCAGGAACAUAGAAAUAUGAGGCCAAAUCAUCUCCUCAUAAAAAAAAAAAAAAAAAUUUCUUUAUGAGUCUCUUAUGAGGUAAGGUAAGAUAGAUUUCCAUUAAGAAAUUUUCUGUGGAUCUCUCAUAUUUUGAUAUUUAAAUAUUUGGCCUGGAAAACGUUAAGGUUCAGUCCAAGCAUGUAAGUCUUUGCCGUGGAGAAAAGCUUGGCCUCAGUUUUUAAUGCUAAUGUGGUCAAUUUGAUGUCUUAAUCAUUGAUGUUGACAUACUACCUUAAAGCUUAUGUGACAUUUCAAAGGAAUAUAGGGUUCAAAUUGUUAAAAGAUUUAAUAUGUUCAUAAAUUUGUCUUGC